CCCUCCCCUUCCCCUGCGGCGGGCGAUGUUCAACCUCCUCUGGUAACUCCGCACGUUGCACCCGCCGCCCCCUCACAACCAUCUUGGCCUCCAGGAGUCAUUGAAAACUAACUCGGCGGCCCACGUGAAAGCAAGAGCACUCAGCUGUUGUGCAAGCUUAUGACAUUUUGAGUUUUCAAAACUCCACGCAACUCGUAAAAUUUCUAGAUCGUUCAGUGGAUUAUUCAAGUUAAUUAUCUGACUAAAGAGACGUGCCUUGAUAACUGGUUCAAACGUUUCAGCAGUUAAAAAAUAAAACAAAAUGCCAGGCGCUCAGACGAUCACUAGGUUGAAUGGAAUCACACCUACCCAACAAAUGAUGGCAUCGUGUUCUGGUGCACUUUUGACUUCACUGAUUGUUACUCCAUUUGAUGUUGUGAAAAUACGACUACAAGCACAGAAGACUCCAUUUCAUAAAGGAAAAUGCUUUCUGUAUUGCAAUGGCCUGAUGGACCAUUUAUGUGUCUGCGUGAAUGGAAAUACCCGUGCUUGGUAUAAAGCCCCUGGACAAUUUAGAGGAACGGUGGAUGCAUUUUUUCAAAUUUCUCGUAAUGAGGGUAUAAGAUCACUCUGGAGUGGACUUCCUCCAACAUUAAUAAUGGCAGUGCCUGCGACAGUUAUUUAUUUCACGAGUUAUGAUCAGUUGCGGAAUCUCAUGAGGUCUUAUCUAGGAUACGAUCACAGCUUUAUUCCAAUGAUAGCCGGUGCUACAGCUCGAGUGGGCGCAGUUACUGUCAUAAGCCCUUUGGAACUUAUCAGAACAAAGAGUCAGUCUCGUAGGCUGACAUAUAGAGAACUGAGAGUUGUGAUUCGGACUGCAGUAGCUCACGGCGGUUGGCUAUCUCUUUGGAGAGGCUGGGGUCCAUCAGUGCUUCGAGAUGUGCCAUUCUCAGCAAUUUACUGGUACAACUAUGAACUGUUGAAGAAGCUGUUGUGCAAGAAGUACAAUGUCAGCGAACCCACAUUGCUGAUCAGUUUUUCCUCAGGAGCAUCAUCGGGCACAAUUGCAGCUGUAUUGACUUUGCCAUUUGAUGUUGUGAAAACUCGCAGACAAAUUGAAAUUGGAGAGCUGGAUGCAAUGAGGUCACCAAAGAAAUUGUCCUCUACAUGGAUAAUAAUGGAGAGAAUUGUUAGACAAUCAGGAUUUAGAGGUUUAUUUGUUGGUUUGUUGCCUCGAUUAAUGAAGGUAGCACCAGCUUGUGCGAUAAUGAUCAGUUCCUAUGAAUAUGGAAAAUCCUUUUUUCGUAAAAUGAACAAAGAGCGGGAAAGAAAAAAGGCUCCAAGUCAGACAUCAUCUGAGAAAAUGCAUACAGGUUGAGCCGUGGAAGAAACUAAACAUGGUGACUCAUUACUUGCCAAACCUGUGAACAAAUAUCCUCAUGUGACCAAGACCAUUAGAGGUGAAGCCUUGGAAAAACAAACUUCUUGUAAAUGGACGUAUAUUAUCAGAGAUGAAUUUACAAGUUCAGUUGUGAGUACAAGUGCUUAGACUUGCUGAAAUUUGAGCCUCAAAAGUCAGUGUUUUACCAAGUCUGGAUAUAAUAACAUGAAAGAUGAGAUGGAAAUUAGUUCAAGAGUAAAAUUUACUUGUUUAGUAUUGCGAAUAUAGUAGAUUGUACCAACAAAUCUUCAGUCCUAAAAAGGGAAUAAAUUGAAUGCUGAAGUUGCAUCCCAUCAUAAUUAAUGUUUAAAGCAGCUGUAGAAAUUGAAAGCGCAAUGCCAAUAUUUAGAAAUAAAAUAAACUGCUAAAUAAUCUGAAAAGUAUUUUAGUUAAUUAUUUUGAAGUCCUAAUUAACCAUAUGCAUAGUAAUGUUAUAUUUUAUUUUACACAAAAAUGACAGCAAACUGAAAGACCAGUGCAGUUAAUAAACAUGAAAUGGGCUGGUCGGAUUUGUUGUGAUUGUUUAUCUGAACACUCAAUUUAUUGCAAUGAAGAUUAUUUCCUGAAAAUAGGGUUGAGUAAAGCUUAAAUUUGUGAAAUUCUGUUUGUGGGAUUUUUUCUCUCCUUUAGAUGUCAAAUAAACAAGCAGUGCACACUUAAUAAACUGAUUUUAUUAAGCUA